GCAUAGUUUGUUACUUCACUAUAUUGUCAAAAUGUUAAGUCGGUCGGCGUAGUUUUACGUUUGCAUUGUAUUUAUUUGUUUUUGUUAGAAAUGGUCUUUAUUUCGAUGUAAAUCAAUAGCAAAUAAUAUUAUUACUGUGACUAAAAUGAUAAUAAACGAAAACAAACAAUCAUCUGUUAGUGAAACAUGCCACAUGUGUUCUGAUAACCAAUAUUUGGAACAGACAAUGAAUGACCAUGUGGGACAAAAUUCAUGUGAUAAUUUAACAGAACUAAAUGAAAAUAGUAAUAAACAACGUGAAAGUAAGAAAAAGAAAGUCGGGAAGAAGCGGAUACGUAUUCCUUCAGAGGAGAGGGACGCUACCAUUAGUGGGAUAGAUAAAAAUGAUUUGGAUGAACUGAGAUCAGUGUAUAAGAAAUGUAAAGCUAUUGUAAAUAAAAUCGAAACAAAAUACGGAUACUUACUCAAUCUUCAAGAAAGUGACAUAGAGGAGAACAAACAAAAUGCAGACCAUGAUUAUGAGGCAACUUCUGAAAAGUGUGAAUGUUCUGCUAAUAAAAAAAUUAUAUUUGAUGAUGAUGGCAAAGUUAUCACUAAGGAAACUGUCUUGGAUAAACAUAUAUGCCCCAAAAAAUUGAAAAGGAGGUACAGCGAUGCAGAAGUUACUGUAAAUAAUAUUCAAGUUGAAUAUGAGACAUCAGAAUCAUUACCAGAUGAUAUUAAUGAACUGUCAAGAAUUUUACAGAAUCCAGAUUUAGAAACUACUUAUAGAAAUAAAGUUAUUGAUAAAGUUAAAAUAAUAAAACAAGAUUUAAUAAAUGAAAUAAAAUUUAACAAAAAAAUGUUAAUUGAAAAAUGUAAAAGCAAUCCGAGUGAUAUAUUUGAGUUUAGUGGCUCAAAUCUAGACAGCUUGCCUGGUUAUUUAUAGUUGUAUCGUUAAGUUUAUAUAUUUUUUAAUUUUACAAUUACAUACAUUAAAAACAAUUUAUAAUGUUUUUAUUCCUCUUGUUUGUCCAUAAAGAUAGUUACAUAAUAUUAUUUGUUUCAUUGUAGGGUGUAAUCGUUUGAUAUACUGAUUCGUUCAUGAAAAUUCUUCAAUCUAUGAGAAGUUACAUCAUACAUGGGUGACAGGCUUUAAUUUAUGUGGACGAAGUCAUGAGAAAACUGCUAGUAUUUCUAUACCACUACAAUUCUUUGUAUUGGUAUUUAAAAUACUAUCCUCUGUACUUAAAUUCAAAUUCAAAUUAUUUUAUUGCAUGUCACAUUCUUACAAACAAAGAGGUGGUUCAUAAUUUAUGGUAGGAUACAUGUGACGUCCUGCUAGGACAUGGCAACAUCUGAGAAUUUAUCAGUUAGUAUAUUUAUUAAAUUGCGAAAUAUUCAUCAAUUUUAUAAUAACAUUUUUCCAACAAAUAGCAUGUCAAAUUUUUCUUAAAAUCAUUUACAUUUUUCUUCAAUUUUAUGUAACCUGGUAAUUUGUUAUAAACUUUUAUACACAUAUAAUGCGGGCUAUCUUUAAGUAUUGUUAAUCUUGAUGGUGGAAG